CAUGCGCAGAUCUUAUUCCUUCCGAGCAGGACCAGCACUGUGGUACUGAGCACAGUCUUGCUAUGAGUGCCAAAGUCGACCUGGAUGUCCUUCCACACAAUGCCGACGGCCCGUCUGAAAGCAGCGUCUCUCACGCUCCCAUCGACAGCUCCGCUCACCGGCUGAAACCCCAGGACACCACCACUAUCAUUUUCCCUGCUUCUGCUCAUCCAUUGCCAAAAGUGGAGCUGCCUCAAAAUGCAAUCAAGGCGAUUAAAGGCAGUGAACUGGAGGCCACAUCACUUCCUGCUCAGGUCGGAGGCACCAUCGUCCAUGUUCUGGGCUGGAAGGAGGGAAUGGCAAUCCUGCCUGGAAGCAAUCUGAAGUUGUGUGUUAGCGAUACUGGUGCGCUGGAAGUGAUCAGUGAAGGUAAAAUAGGCCCUACUAACCUGCCCACUGAAGGAGCACAGAUGAAACCAGCUAAUAUGGAGUUCAAACAAGCUGAAAAAUCAGACGUCUCAGCCGGUGGCAAUGGCAGACCUGCAGCAUUUCUGGAGGCCGACAGACUGCACAGAGCUCGUAUAGAGGUGCAGGACAGUCCCGUUCACAGCAGGUGCGGCCAAAACAUGCACAUGACGGAGCUACGGGGAGAGCCGAUGUCGGAAAUUCCUGCAGGCCUCGCAGAAGCACAGGUGAUGUAUCGUGAGCAUGACAUGAUGAAGCCCAUGAAGAAGAGGAAGAGGAGGGAAUACAACAGCCCAUCAGAGGACGACUCUGAUGCCGAACCAAUGGACGAGAAAUCUGAGGCUUUGAAAAUUGAUGGCAGACAGAUCAAAACAGGCUCAGCAGAGACUAAGCUGGAGCCGUGGUCCUGGCCACAGUAUCUGGAGCUGCAGAAAGCUAUCGCUGCUCCAGUCCGACUCUUCCAGGAGACGCAGAGGGUUCCCCUGAUCAGGAACAGCUUCAGGCAGGGUAUGAAGCUGGAAGGCAUCGACCCACAGCACCCGUCCAUGUAUUUCGUCCUGACGGUCGCUGAGGUCUGUGGCUACAGGUUACGCCUUCAUUUCGAUGGCUAUUCUGACUGCCAUGACUUCUGGGUCAAUGCCAACUGUGCUGAUAUCCACCCCGCCGGGUGGUGUGAGAGCACCGCACACAAGCUACACACUCCCAAAGGAUGUAAAGAAGAAGAGUUUUCUUGGUCCAACUACCUAAAAAUCACCCGAUCACAGGCGGCACCGAAAGAGUUGUUUAUAAGUUCGGUUAAACCGGAGACAGACUGUGGGUUUGAGGUGGGCAUGAAGCUGGAGGCCGUGGACCGCAUGAACCCGUCGCUCAUCUGCGUGGCCACAGUCACCGACAGAGUGGCUGACCGUUUUCUGGUUCAUUUCGACAACUGGGACGACACCUAUGACUACUGGUGUGAUUCCAGCAGUCCAUACAUUCAUCCUAUCGGCUGGUGUCAUGAGAGAGGCCUGCCGCUGACGCCCCCACAAGAUUACCCUGAGGUGGACAGGUUCUCGUGGGAGAGAUAUCUGGAAGAGACGGGCUCCACAGCGGUCGCUGCUGAAGCCUUCAGAGUGCGUCCGGCUCACAGUUUCCAGGUUCAGAUGAAGUUGGAGGCGGUGGACAAGCGGUGUCCGGGGCUCAUACGUGUGGCCACAGUGCAGGAGGUGGACACUUACAGAAUCAAGAUUCACUUUGAUGGUUGGAGCCACUUGUAUGACGAGUGGAUGGAUUCAGACCAUCCGGACAUACAUCCUGCAGGCUGGUGUGAAAGCACAGGACACCCGCUCAAGCCUCCGCCCUGCCAGCCCACUGUCCCCAAACCAGGUCCCAGAGAGAGCCUGGCGGUCCGACAGCCCAGCUUCUCCAUGUCGUGUAAAAGUCUGCCUCAGCCACGCAACACCUCCAAAUACAGCUUCCACCACAGAAAGUGCCCUACUCCGGGAUGUGAUGGUUCAGGUCAUGUGACCGGGCGCUUCACGGCGCAUCACUGUUUAUCCGGCUGUCCAUUGGCUGAGAGGAACCAGGGGCGACUCAAGGCGGAUCUCUCCGAUACUGAAGGAUCCCGGAGAAACCUGCUGGUCUUUGGACAGAGAGCCAAAAAGUCCAGAUAUCAUGGCAGGAUCGGACGACCCCCUAAAUAUCGUAAAAGUCAACAAAGAAAUUGUCAGAGUAUGACGUCUGAGGGCAUGUACUCGUCUCUCUUCAUGACGGCGUUUACUGCUAACUCUGAGCGCACUCUUUCUCUCUGCUGGGAGCAACACUGUAAGCUUCUACCUGGAGUCGCAGGAAUUCAUGCUGGCCAAGUAGCCACCUGGACUAUAGAGGAGGUCUUCGGAUUUGUCAACAAUCUUAUUGGUUGUGAGGAGCAGGCCAGAAUUUUCAAAGAUGAAAUGAUCGAUGGAGAGUCUUUCCUCCUCCUGACUCAAAACGACAUUGUGAAGAUCAUGAAUAUAAAGCUAGGACCUGCGCUGAAGAUCCACAACGCCAUCCUAAUGUUCAAGAGCACAGACGAGGGCCUGAAGUGACCGUUGUUUUGAUCUCCACAUGCCAUAACGAUCCAUCCAUCAUCACGUGUUUGGUGUUUCACAUCUGAACCCACCAGAGAGAGAGAGAAAGAUAGAGAAAACGGGACGGACUGAUGACAGAACAGUCCAGCUGAGCUCCGACGCUGCUGCGAAAGCGUUUAGCUAAAGAACAUCUAGACCUGAAACCACCGCGCAGGAUUUUUCAGAUAGUGUUUCUUUUGUUUUGUAUUUGGAGUGUUCACUGAAAUCCAUAUUCGUUCUCAGUCUGUGGUGAUGAUCGGUGCACAGAAACAUCAGGGCAGAUUUCAGUGUAUUGGUGCUACUGUACCCUUUAUUAGAUCCCUGAUGAUGCACUUUACAGCAGGAGCAGGCAGGGGGCGCUGUACUUUACCAGAGCAUGAGCAUUGCUCGCCCUCGGUAGCAGUGCUCCUGACGUUGUGGUGUUGUUAAAUGAGAUUCUAGUUUCAAAAUAAGCUAUUUUGCAGAGACAGACUGGAUGGCGACGUCAGUGUAGUUAUUUUUCAACUGUGUGAAUGGAAAGCCAGAGGGGGGAAGUAAAUAGUAGUGAACUAGGGGGGUCUGUGUUUCUCUCUCUGAUGGGAAAACUUUAAUAAUGUACAGUUGAGUAACUGUGUUGUUCAGUUCAUCUACAUGAAUAAAUGUUUAAUUGAAGAGUU